CUGGGUGACGACAGUGGCGGGUUCUCGGCGCUUGGCCUGCUUGUGAAGGCGCUGCGGCGGAGACUCCACGCGGUGCAUACUGCAGCUGGCUGGCGCCGGCCCGGGGGGACGGGCCAGGACCCCAGGCUCCCAUCACGGGCCUCACCCGCUCUUGUGUUCGCGGGGUCUGGAAAAGGCAGCUGCCCAGCCGAGCGGCCUGUGGACCUUGAGGCCGGCGCCUCUCUCUGGGCAGCAAGGCCCAGCGGCCUCGGGCAUCUGCCUCGUGCGCCCGCCAGUGCCGGAGACGAAGCGAGAACGGCAGCCACGAGGAGGGACCCCCGCUCGCCUGACAGGUCUCUCUCCGCGUCCUCCCCCGUAUUCUGGUGACACUCCCCGCCACCUUCUCCUCGAACCUGGACUCGCACUGCCUGCGCUCGUGGCGCAGCUGGUGCGGUGGGCGAGCCUGCCCUGCGCGCUAACGUGCUGCCCUCGUCCGGCGCCAUCCAGGUGGUCUUGGACCUGCGUCACCUUUUCUUGUUGGGACAAGGAUCAGUUAUCCCACUUUGCAGACCAGGAAACUGAGGCCAGACGAUUAAUACGCUCACAGACUCAGAGCUGGCUAGUGAAACGGCAACCAUGAAGUUGAAGGAGGCAAAAUCAAGGCCAAAGCCACCAAGCUAUGGCAAAUUUAAAACAAAAGGAAUCAGAGUUGUGGGGAAAUGGAAGCAGGUGAAGAUUGACCCAAAUGUAUUUGCAGAUGGACAAAUGGAUGACUUGGUGUGCUUUGAGGAACUGACAGAUUACCGAUUAGUCUCCCCUGCCAAGAAUCCCUCUGGCCUCUUCUCAAAGGAAGAGUCCAAGAAGAGGAAGGCCCAGGUUGUUUUAGAAGAAGAGGAGGAAAGGGAGUCUAGCUCCCCAAAGAAAAAGAUCAAGUUAAAGAAGAGUAAAGGUAUAGUAACUGAAGGAACCAGUACCAAGAAAGAGUUGGACGUUAAUGAUGCUGAGCCAGAGCCAGAGCCACAGGGAGAUGGCACUGUUUGUGCUGAGCCAGAAGUAGAGGAGAUUGUAUCAGAAAGCCUGGUCCAGACUGUUCCCAAAAAAAAGAAAAAGAAAAGGGUGAAAAAAAUGGAGCCUCCACAGAACACCGCUCCUAAGGUGCCUAAAAAAGCAAAGACAUGGAUGCCUGAAGUACACGACCAGAAGGCAGAUGUAUCUGCUUGGAAAGACCUGUUUGUGCCCAAGCCAGUUCUCCGAGCACUCAGCUUUCUAGGCUUCUCUGCACCCACACCAAUCCAAGCACUGACCUUGGCACCUGCCAUCCGUGAUAAACUAGACAUCCUUGGGGCUGCUGAGACAGGAAGUGGGAAAACUCUUGCCUUUGCCAUUCCAAUGAUUCAUGCAGUAUUGCAGUGGCUGAAGAGAAAGUCUGCCCCCAAUUCAGAUAACACUGUGGUGCUCCAUGGAGAGAACAGAAUUGAGACUGGAUCUGAGACUAGUUCUCCAAAUAAGGGCAGAACUGAGAGUGGAGUGUCACAUAAUGAGACUGGAAUUGAGAGUGAAGCACUGCCCAGCAAGACUAGAGGCAAGAUUUCAGACCAAAUGCUGCUCUUCUGUGAUGAUGAUGCUGAGGAAGGGCCUUCUUCCCUGGUCAAGGAGAAGCCUGUCUCCAAACAGAAUGAGGAUGAAGAGGAAAAGCUUGAUGAACAGCAGACUGGAAAAUUAAAACAAGAGUUAGAUGGCAAAAUUGCCACCUGUAGACCAUAUUCAAAGCAUCCUCUGCUUGGACUGGUUCUGACUCCCACUCGAGAGCUGGCCGUUCAGGUCAAGCAACAUAUUGAUGCUGUGGCCAAGUUUACAGGAAUUAAAACUGCUAUUUUGGUUGGUGGAAUGUCCACGCAGAAACAGCAGAGGAUGCUGAAUCGCCAUCCUGAGAUUGUGAUCGCCACUCCAGGCAGGCUGUGGGAGCUAGUUAAAGAAAAACACUCUCAUUUGAGCAACCUUCGGCAGCUCAGGUGCCUGGUUGUGGAUGAAGCUGACCGAAUGGUUGAAAAAGGCCAUUUUGCUGAGCUCUCACAGCUUCUAGAAAUGCUCAAUGACUCCCAAUACAACCCAAAGAGACAGACACUUGUUUUUUCUGCCACGCUGACUCUGAUACAUCAAACUCCUGCUCGAAUCCUUCAAAAGAAGCACGCCAAGAAAAUGGACAAAACUGCCAAACUUGACCUCCUCAUGCAGAAGAUUGGCAUGAGAGGCAAGCCUAAGGUCAUUGACCUCACGAGAAAUGAGGCCACUGUAGAGACACUGACAGAGACUAAGAUACACUGUGAGACUGAUGAAAAAGAUUUCUACCUGUACUACUUCCUGAUGCAGUACCCAGGCCGCAGCUUAGUGUUUGCCAACAGCAUCUCCUGCAUCAAACGCCUCUCUGGGCUCCUCAAAGUCCUGGAUAUCAUGCCGUUGACCCUACAUGCCUGCAUGCACCAGAAGCAGAGGCUCAGAAACCUGGAGCAGUUUGCUCGUCUGGAAGACUGUGUUCUCUUGGCAACAGAUGUGGCAGCUCGAGGUCUGGAUAUUCCUAAAGUCCAGCACGUCAUCCAUUACCAGGUUCCUCGUACCUCAGAGAUCUACGUCCACCGAAGUGGUCGAACUGCUCGAGCUACCAAUGAGGGCCUCAGCCUGAUGCUGAUUGGUCCUGAGGAUGUGAUCAACUUUAAGAAGAUCUACAAAACCCUCAAGAAAGAUGAGGAUAUCCCACUGUUCCCUGUGCAGACAAAGUACAUGGAUGCAGUCAAGGAGCGAAUCCGAUUAGCUCGACAGAUAGAGAAAGCUGAGUAUCGGAACUUCCAGGCUUGUCUGCACAACUCUUGGAUUGAGCAGGCAGCGGCUGCCCUGGAGAUCGAGCUGGAAGAAGAGAUGUUUAAAGGAAGAAAAGCUGACG